GUCUGUCUGUCCGUCUGCGACCAGGCCUGGCCCCACCCUGGCCCUGGGGCUGCCCGGCCGCCCCCUACCCACUGCAGCCGACAGGCACCCCGCCACACCGCCUCUUUCCCGGAACAUCUGCAGCCAGCCCCAACGCUGCCGUCGCAGACCAAGGACCUGCACCCCGACAUUGAGGGGCCUGCACCCCUAGACUGAAACAAGCUUAUCUAGAAAUCGGAGCCUGGCACCCUCAUCUGGAGAUAGAUUGCUGAGAUCAGCAGUGGAACCCCAGGAUCUGGAGCCUGGACCCCCCCAGUAUCUGGGGCUGCCAUCUCAACGCCCAUCCCUAGGACCCCAAGGUUUGGAACCCAGACCUCAAGAUGUGGCAUCUCAAGAUCUGGAACUGAACUCGGAAAUCUGUGCCCGGGGCCUUGAAAUCCCGGUCUGGAUUUAACCCCUGGACUGGAUUCUUCGGACUCAGACACUGAAUUUCCAGCACCGAUACUUGGGAGACCCUGACCCCUCACAAGCCAGAGGGGAGCCUGGCUCUCUAAUUCUGGCUCCCAGUGGUGUUUGGGGUACGCCUGGAACCCCCCACAACCUUCAAGGCUCAGGUAUUUCACAGCCUCAAAUUGGAACUGAGAGCCAACCAGCUGUCCCUCCACAGAGGCUGGGGAAGCAGGGAAGGCAUGAAUGGACAGCCCCUCCCGUGCCCUGACCUCUGGCCCGCACCCCUAGGAGCCUGAGGACUCUGCUCCGAGGGGUUCCCUCCAGCUCAGGCCUCCCCCGCCCGCGAUGGCCGUCCUCCCGCUGCUCCUCUGCCUGCUGCCGCUGGCCCCUGCCUCAUCUCCACCCCAGCCGGCCACCCCCAGCCCGUGUCCCCGUCGUUGCCGCUGCCAGACACAGUCGCUGCCCCUGAGUGUGCUGUGUCCAGGGGCGGGCCUCUUGUUCGUGCCCCCUUCGCUGGACCGCCGGGCAGCUGAACUGCGCCUGGCUGACAACUUCAUUGCCGCUGUGCGCCGCCGCGACCUGGCCAACAUGACGGGCCUGCUGCACUUGAGCCUGUCCCGGAACACCAUCCGCCACGUGGCCGCCGGCGCCUUUGCCGACCUCCGCGCCCUCCGCGCCCUGCACCUCGACGGCAACCGGCUGACCUCGCUGGGCGAGGGCCAGUUGCGCGGCUUGGUCAACUUGCGCCACCUCAUCCUCAGCAAUAACCAGCUGGCAGCACUGGCGGCCGGGGCCCUGGAUGACUGCGCCGAGACGCUCGAGGACCUGGACCUAUCCUACAACAACCUGGAGCAGCUGCCCUGGGAAGCCCUGGGCCGCCUGGGCAACGUCAACACGCUGGGCCUCGACCACAACUUGCUGGCUUCCGUGCCCGCCGGUGCCUUCUCUCGCCUACACAAGCUGGCACGGCUGGACAUGACCUCCAACCGCCUGACCACCAUCCCGCCGGACCCUCUCUUCUCUCGCCUGCCGCUGCUCGCCAGGCCCCGGGGCUCACCGGCCUCUGCCUUGGUGCUGGCCUUCGGCGGGAACCCCCUGCACUGUAAUUGCGAGCUGGUGUGGCUGCGGCGCCUGGCACGGGAGGACGACCUCGAGGCCUGCGCCUCACCCCCUGCCCUGGGAGGCCGCUACUUCUGGGCCGUGGGCGAGGAGGAGUUUGUGUGUGAGCCGCCCGUGGUGACCCAUCGCUCACCGCCCUUGGCCGUGCCUGCGGGUCGACCUGCUGCCCUGCGCUGCCGGGCAGUGGGGGACCCGGAGCCCCGAGUGCGUUGGGUGUCACCCCAGGGCCGGCUGCUGGGUAACUCGAGCCGUGCUCGUGCCUUCCCUAACGGGACCCUGGAGCUGCUGGUCACCGAGCCGAGCGAUGGCGGCAUCUUCACCUGCAUCGCGGCCAAUGCAGCCGGUGAGGCCACGGCUGCCGUGGAGCUGACCGUGGGGCCUCCCCCACCCCCUCAGCUAGCCAACAGCACCAGCUGUGACCCCCCGCGGGACGGGGAGCCCGAUGCCCUCACCCCGCCCUCCGCCGCCUCGGCCUCCGCUAAGGUAGCAGAUACCGUGUCCCCUACUGACCGCGGCGUCCAGGUGACUGAGCACGGGGCCACGGCUGCCCUCGUCCAAUGGCCCGAUCAGCAGCCCAUCCCCGGCAUCCGAAUGUACCAGAUCCAGUACAACAGCUCAGCGGAUGACAUCUUAGUCUACAGGAUGAUCCCGGCGGACAGCCACUCCUUCCUGUUGACUGACCUGGCAUCGGGCCGCACCUACGACCUGUGCGUGCUGGCCGUGUACGAGGACAGCGCUACAGGGCUGACGGCCACGCGGCCCGUGGGCUGCGCCCGCUUCUCUACCGAGCCAGCGCUGCGGCCGUGUGGCGCCCCCCACGCGCCCUUCCUGGGUGGUACCAUGAUCAUCGCGCUGGGCGGCGUCAUCGUGGCGUCGGUGCUGGUCUUCAUCUUCGUGCUGCUUAUGCGCUACAAGGUGCACGGUGGUCAGCCCCCAGGCAAGACCAAGGCGGCCGCGCCCGUCAGCAGUGUCUGCUCCCAGACCAAUGGCGCCCUGAGCCCUGCGCCGUCCGCACCCGCCCCUGAGCCUGCCGCGCCCAGAGCCCACACCGUGGUCCAGCUGGACUGCGAGCCGUGGGGGCCCAGCCACGAACCUGCGGGGCCCUAGCCUAGGCGCUCACCUCUGCAACUCCCCUGGUCCCCAGGGAUGGCCAGAUGUGGACACCCCGCGGACACACUUUGCCUCAGACUCACCAAAUUGAUCAUGGUUUUUAAAACUCUGAAGGGGAGGGUAUGGGGGCACAGAGACACAACAAGAAAGUCCUAUUUUUC